AACCUUUUGAAGACUGUGCUCAUAUAUUUUUUCAAACGACGAUUCAGUUUCUCGUAAUACCAGUUUUUAUUCUCUACAAAGAUUGUCAAUGAUAUUUGGAACAACAAAAAUAGCAGGUUCAGUCUCCGAAAGUAUAUGAAGCUCAAAAAAUAUAUGAAAACAUAAAAAUCUUAUACACCAUAGAUAAUGAAUGAACAAUGCUGCCAACAGACUCGAAAAAAUAAAUCGAAGCUAACCAUAAUAAAGCUAACCUUUAAAAAAAUCCUGUACUUACAGUUUGAUGUUUACAAUUUUUUGAAAAUUGUGUAUUUAUUUUUGUUCCAAUUACUGUACUAGUUCAUCAUAAUACUAGUUUUUCAUUGAGUUUUGUUUUAUAUUCUACGAGAAUUGUCGAUAAUAUUUGGAAAAACGGUAAUUAAAUAAAAGUUCAGUCUCCGAAAAUGUUUGAAGCUCAAGAAAUAUAUGCAGAACACAAAGAUCUCAUCCAUGAUGUGGCCUACGAUUAUUAUGGGAGACGUAUGGCAACUUGUUCCAGUGAUCAAUAUGUCAAAGUUUGGGAGCUUCAUGAUGGAAAGUGGUCUUUAACAUCUAGUUGGAAAGCUCACAGUGGAUCAGUAUGGAAGGUGACGUGGGCUCAUCCAGAGUUUGGACAAGUGCUAGCCACUUGUUCAUUUGACAGGACUGCAGCAGUCUGGGAAGAAAUUGUUGGAGAAUUGCCAUGUCCAGGGGAAAGGGGCACUCGCCACUGGGUACGAAGAACUAACCUAGUGGACUCACGAACAUCUGUAACAGACGUCAAGUUUGGUCCCAAAUCUCAGGGACUGCAACUAGCUACUUGCUCAGCAGAGGGAAUCAUCCGGAUAUACGAAGCACCCGACAUCAUGAACUUGAGCCAGUGGACGCUGCAGCACGAAGUGCAGUGUAAGCUUCCUUGCAGUUGCCUGUCUUGGAAUCCAAGCCUGUCAAAAGUUCAUCCUCAAAUGAUAGCCGUUGGCAGUGACGACUCCAACACCGCCAACGGGGGAAAAGUUUUCAUAUUUGAGUACAAUGAGAACAGCAGAAGGUGGACUAAACUAGAAACGCUCAGCACUAUUACAGACCCAGUACACGAUAUCGCAUUUUCACCAAACUUGGGAAGGAGUUAUCAUAUUCUGGCUGUGGCAAGCAAAGAUGUCAAGAUUGUUAAUCUAACACCACUCGAAGACGAACAAACUGCACAAAGUGGAGUUACCAAAUUGGAUGUAGAAACAAUAGCUCAGUUUGAUGAUCACAACAGUUUAGUAUGGCGAGUGUGUUGGAAUUUAACGGGCACUAUUUUGUCUUCCAGCGGAGAUGAUGGUUGCGUCAGGAUGUUCAAAAUGAAUUACAUAAACUCCUGGAAACCUGUAGCCGUUCUCAGGGGCGACAGCACGCAUGCCACAGUCGACCAAAAAGUCUCCAGCACCUCAAACAACGGAAUGAAUGGCAACCCUGCUUCCCAAACGGCCAGAUACAUCAAGUUAGGCUCCAUUUCGUCCCAAACAAGAGACGUGAUAUGGCACUAACGGGAAUAACUUAAUAACUUGAAAAUCUUGCUGAAGAGUAUCAUCAAAGUGUUUACGUGACUUAUUUUGUUAUUAUCGUGACAAGUUAAAAGGUGAUUCAAAAACAGCUGGCAGAGUGGGGUAACUAACUUGUGACAAUAAAAGUAAUUAUGUACUGUA